UCGGGGGGGAGGUGGUGGUGGUGCUCCUCCUCACCAUCACCAGCGUCACCUCGCCUCGCCUCACCUCGGGUCGGCGUCGCCUCUCACCACCCAACCACCGGUCCACCACCACCCACCUCUCCUCUCCCCCUCCCCUCCCCUCUGCGCGAGCCCGCCCAACCACACGAGAAUUUCCUUUUUUGUGCGGCGGCGACGACCGGAGCGGAGCGGAGCGGAGCUCGGGAGCUGUGCUUUGCCGAGCUGAGGAGGCGAACCGGAUCGCGCCGCCAUGUCGCUCGACGAGCUCCCCCAGAAGGAGCUGGCGUCCUCCGAGGCAAUUCAGUUCGCGCGGUCGGAUUCCAGGUUCCGGAGCCUUAGCCCCGCGCCCAUCCCCAUCCCAACUGCCCCAAGCUUCAGAUCACUGGUCGACCCGGUUUCUGACGAGAGAUUAAACCAUGAUAUUGUGACAUCACAUGAAAGUGAAAACGGGUCCAUCUCCACAGUUAGCUCAACAGUUAGUUCAAUUGAAUCAGAGAAGGCAGCUUAUGAAUUCCUUGCUCAAACUCCUAUCAAGUCAACUGAUGCACACCUUGUUGAGUUUUCAGAAGCAAUGAGAACUGUUGCAAAAGCAUUGCGACGAGUUGCAGAAGGGAAAGCUUCUGCUCAAGCUGAGGCAGCAGAGUGGAGGCGUAAAUAUGAAUUAGAGAUGGCACACAAACAACAGAGUAAAAUCAAAGGCUAUGGCAGUUGUACCAAUAGUGAAUUAGAAAAAUUGGCCAGCCAACUAACACUGGAGAUGCCUGCAUCCGAUCAAUCGGGAUGUUGUGGAAAUCAUGGUAUAUGCUCACAUGAGGUUCUACAGGAUGAAAGUCCUGGUCCUAACCCCCGAUCUAGUCAAAAGAUGGUGAGUAGAAAGGCAUCAUUUAGACUUUCAUGGGGAUGCAAUGGGGAUAAAAACGGCCAGCACAAGCAUGAUUUUGUGUCAUUUGAAAAAGGAGAUAUAACAACAGCGGAGCGCAGCAACAAGCAGAUUUUGCUGAAAUGGGAAUCCUCACCACAAACAGUUCUUUUUAUAACCAAACCUAAUUCUAACUCUGUGCGCGUACUUUGUGCUGAAAUGGUCAGAUGGCUUAAGGAACAUAAAAAUAUAAAUGUUGUUGUAGAGCCACGUGUUAGUAAGGAACUAUUAACAGAAGAUUCCUACUAUAACUUCAUCCAAACAUGGGAUGAUGAUGAGGAGAUAAAGAUGUUGCACACGAAGGUUGAUCUCAUUGUAACUCUCGGCGGUGAUGGAACUGUUUUAUGGGCUGCAUCGUUGUUCAAAGGGCCGGUGCCUCCGGUUGUUGCAUUCUCACUAGGAUCACUGGGAUUCAUGACACCUUUCCCAAGUGAGCAAUAUCGUGAUUGUCUGGACAAUGUGCUGAAUGGACCAUUUAGCAUCACACUGAGAAACCGUCUACAGUGCCAUUUAAUCCGUGAUGCAGCAAAGGAUGAACUUGAGACCGAGGAGCCAAUCCUAGUGUUAAAUGAAGUCACAAUUGACCGUGGCAUAUCAUCUUACCUUACCUACUUGGAGUGCUACUGUGAUAGUUCUUUCGUGACAUGUGUACAAGGGGAUGGACUAAUCAUAUCAACAACAUCUGGAAGCACAGCAUAUUCAUUGGCAGCCGGAGGAUCCAUGGUUCAUCCACAGGUUCCAGGAAUCCUGUUCACGCCGAUCUGUCCGCAUUCCCUGUCCUUCAGGCCUUUGAUACUGCCCGAGUAUGUAACUCUCCGAGUGCAAGUGCCAUAUAACAGCAGGGGGCAAGCUUGGGCAUCUUUCGAUGGCAAAGAUCGGAAGCUGCUGUCACCCGGCGACGCUCUCAUCUGCAGCAUUUCUCCAUGGCCCGUGCCCACAGCUUGCCUGGUGGACUCAACAACCGAUUUCCUCCGCAGCAUCCACGAGGGCCUCCACUGGAACCUCAGGAAGUCCCAGUCAUUCGACGGCCCGCGUGAUUGAUCCAGCUCCUAGACACGAGUCCAGCGUCAGCUGGGCAAAGGCGCUGGUUGAUUCGUUUUCUGUCCGUCAGAUUUCAGAAGAGUUUCCCACAGUCCAGCUAACACAAAGCGGAUAAAUGUACCUAGCAGAGUCCUGUUGUUUCUUGUUGGUAUGUCUCCUUUACCAUUCCAUAUAGAUACAGAAGGUUGUUGCGUGUAGAGUUGGGGGUAGUACUGGAGACUGAAGAAUGAAUGAAUCGAAAUAGAAGUAUAUACAGUGGCCAUGAAUGUAUAACAGUAUACAUGGCAGACAACAUAUACUGAUAUGGACUGCAUCUAUAGUAGCUGCAUGGGAGAGUAGGUGCCGGUGACAAGUCAUCAAACUGUAACAUACAACAUGUAUACUGGUGUAUGUACCUCCGAUGAUCCGAAUGAAAUAAUUUGACUAUGCAAAA